AUGGACGUGUCCGGUCCUCUGCAAUUAUUUCUUAUAUUCAUUAUUUUUUGUUUAACAGCAAUUUACCUGUUGUUCAAUCGGAAUUAUCAAUACUGGGAGAAACGGGGCGUGCCUUACGAAAAGCCGUUCUUCUUGUUCGGAAGUUUGUCUUUUAUCCUGAGGAAAAGCUUUUGGGACUAUUUCUACGAACUAAGCAAGAGGCAUACGGGUGACUAUGUUGGAAUAUUUUUGGGAUUCAAACCGACCCUUAUGGUACAGACUCCAGAAAUAGCGCGUCGUAUCCUGGUCAAGGACAAUGCCCAUUUCAACAACCGAUACUGUUAUUCUUCGUACGGCGUGGAUCCACUGGGCUCCUUAAAUUUGUUUACAGUAAAGAAUCCGAAAUGGAGCAAUAUCAGACAUGAGCUAUCUCCGAUGUUCACUUCGUUACGACUGAAGACGAUAUGUGAACUGAUGAACGUUAACGCUAAAGAGCUUGUAUUGAAAAUUCAGCGAGAUUACAUUGAUAAUAAUGAAGACGUCAACUUGAAGGAAUUGUUCUCAAUGUACACAUCGGAUACUGUAGGUUAUACAGUAUUUGGUCUCCGCGUGAGUGCACUCAAUGAUCCGUCCUCGCCUCUCUGGUUCAUCACUAACCACAUGGUCAAGUGGGACUUUUGGCGCGGCUUCGAAUUCACAGCCAUCUUCUUUGUUCCUGCACUAGCUCGUUUCUUAAGGUUAAAAUUCUUUUCACAACCGGCCACUGAAUAUAUUAUGAGACUAUUCCGGACCGUUGUCGAUGAACGCAAAAAGACGAACCAGAACACCGAUAAGGACCUUGUUAACCAUUUGCUGAAGCUGAAAGAAAAUUUGAAGCUUGGAGCUGAUAUAAAGCUCGCCGACGAGAUAAUGAUGGCGCAAGCAGCUGUAUUCAUUUUAGGUUCCAUAGAAACAUCAUCAUCAACUCUGUCUUACUGUCUGCACGAGUUAGCGUACCAUCCCGAAGAACAGCAAAAACUGUUUGAGGAAGUGGAUGACGCAAUAAAGGAGACCGGAAAAGAAAUUCUAGACUACGAAAAUUUACAAGAACUCAAAUAUCUAAGCGCUUGCAUUCUGGAAACUUUGCGCAAAUAUCCUCCGGUGCCGCACAUAGAUAGAGUUUGUAACAAAACAUACAAACUAAACGAUGAAUUAACAAUAGAAGAGGAUAUACCGGUGUUCGUGAAUGUACUGGCGAUCCAUCGCAACGAGAAAUACUACCCUGAGCCGGACCAAUGGCGUCCUGAGAGAAUGAUCGGGGUCACUGACAAUGACAAUUUGCAGUAUACGUUCCUGCCCUUCGGAGAUGGGCCACGUUUUUGCAUAGGAAAACGUUACGGUUUGUUGCAAAUGAGGGCCGCCAUUGCCCAGAUGAUUCAUAAAUACAAAUUCGAAGCUGCGGAACCACACAGCACUCCGAGCGACCCGUACAGCGUCAUCCUGUCACCUAAAUCAGGUGGCCGUAUUAAAUUCGUACCGCGAUAAUAAUUAUGUAGCAUUUCAUUUCAGAAAAACGAAAUGUUUUUUAUUAUUAUCACUUAUUAUUUUGAAUCUUUGUAAUAUGAUAACAAGUUUGUAAUAAACUAUAAUCUCAGCAUCGG